GUAAAAGAUGUGAGUGGUAAAGCUUUGGCUCACCAACGGGAAACCCGGGGGCGAGCGGCUGGCGGCCGGCGCCGGGGGAGCCAGCGGCGCGGCGGGCUCGGAGGGCUGCAGGCGGCUUCGCCGUGGGGCGCGGGGCGCAGGCCUGGGUCUUAACGGUGCGGAGACGUCGGCGGAGAGGAUUUCUGCACCGCGGCGCUAAGCGCGUGCGCUCGGCUGAACCGACCGUGAGCCCGGACCAAACGUCGCGGACCUUCGGAGCAACCGCUGCGGCCAGGUUUGCUUCCAAAGCUUGCGGAAUUUGGCUUGGAUUUUAAUUCUGGUUUUUGGAGAACGGUCCUGCAGUGCGUGGAGUUUAGCACCGGGCAAGGUCUGGAUGUUAUUCCUGUAUCUGGAGGGGGUUUGGAGGCACGUCAGGCGUCUCACUGAAUGAUUCAGUUGAUUACGAACAGCCUCCUUGCGUGCGCGUUCGCAUCUCUCCUGGAAGAGCUGCCUCGCUUCUUGCCAAGCACUGGAAUGUGAGUAGUUUUCCAGAAAAAGAGCAGAGCAUCCUGAAAUAUUUAAAAACCAUCGCUUAGCAUUUUUGACUUUUUUUUUUCCUUCUUUUUGAUGUUGUGCAAAUCACUUCUCUGGAAUAGGCAAGUGUAUAAUGGAACAUAUUUGAACUCCUUUCUGCUGGCUUGUUAACUUACAACUGAAAAUGUUUGCUUUUGCUUUUAUUAUGGGUUGCUUUUUUUCUCCUUGCUUGAGGGGUGUUGUUUAACCAAAAGAAUCGAUUGUUCUCUUGCACAUUCCUAUAUUUAUUUCCUCUGAUCCUACUAAUGAGGAAAAUGUAUGUACUGGAAGGCUUUACCUGGCCUUAAGAAAAAGUUAAGAAAGAUCCUUUAUAUUUAAUGACGCAUUAAGAGCAAGAACACCCCCGUAAGCAACGGGGAAAAAAGUUGCUUAUAAUACAAGUUUGUCCUCUGAAAUGACCCUACUGGAUAAACGUAGUUAUUCCCAUCAGACAGCCCGAGGGACUGAAACCUGGACAAAAUUAAUGACGUGCUGAAGAAAACAUGUCAUAGCUCUUAAUAGCCAAGAUUUCAAAACUCGGAACUCCUUGAACUUUGAUCUGAUGUUCUCUAGAGAGCAGACCUGUCCUUUCUGCUGCCACCACGUUGUGCUUUUCCGCUGACUGUUCUGGUUGCUCAGUGUUUGCCUUAGGGGUGUGGGUGGCAUAGCCAGGUGGGUCCUGUAAAGCUUUGCUGACCUCACUUUGGCGCUGGAGAACUGGAGAGGGUCUUGCACGUGUCUCCCUUUUCCCUCCAGAAUUGCUUAUUUCACCUGCCUUUUUUUUUUUUUUUUGGUCAGCUUUUUGAGGCUUUUCUCUUUCCCACUCAGGUUUCUACGGAAAUGUCACGGGCUUGGGUGGUGUGUAGUAACCCUCGUGACUGCAGCACAGUCACCCUCUGUGUUGCUUAGCUCGUGCUAAUUUUGUGCCUGAAUCACCCUUCGGGAAGGGAGAGGGGGAAUGACAUUAACAUUUAUAGUGUCCAAAGCCGCAGUGACUGGGAGUGCCAGUUACAGAAGUCACAGGCCGUCUCCAUCCCUGUGAGGUGAGAAGAUAAAGCCAGAACGUGCCAGGCAGCUUUGGGGGUGAAGCACGUGGCCAGCAGUGCGGAUGCAUGAGGUGCCCUGGUAGCAGUACCAGGGACAGGACUGCUGGGGAGAGGGGCUCCCAAGUCCUGCCUUUGCCACCUUUUGCAGAAGAAUGGGUGCACACUGAAACACCUAAGGGAGCUGAGUGCAUUCUUAGCCCCGUGCACAAAGCUAAAUGCAUUUUAAAAUAAAAACUGCUGACACUUCAUUCAGCUCUCCUUAGUUCAAGGCAAAGUGCUGUCUUCUGCAGCAUUUCUUGACAUUGAAAACACCAGACCGGGCAGCAAAGAGAUUUUAGUGCUGCAUGUAGGAGAUGUCAACAAAUCAUACAGGGAAAAACACAUCCCCUUGGCAUUCCUGCAAACUAUCAACUUGCCAUUCUCAAAAAGAAGUGCUUGGUAUCUUCUGGCUGACUGUUUCGGGUGUUGGACAAGGCUGUUAAUCCGGAAGUACUGUCAGUCACCUCAACAGCUGAAGAACCGUAAGUGGGCUGCCCUUGCUGCUACCACGGCUUUGCGCGCGCUCAUCUGACCUCCUGCCUUAGAGAGCUGCUUCCAAAGAGCUGUUGACUGCAGACAGCAGAUACGGUAAUAAUGCACUUAUGUGUAAAGGCUGAACUUUAAGAGUUUAUAUGCAUUUAGCUAAUCAACCCCUUUCACUUUCAGUGCAACUUUAUUAAAUUAAGCAUUGGUCCUAGGGCACCUCAGACCAUAAACAGGAGGCCUGAGUGGGAUUCCUCUUUGUGCAAAUACUAUGCUUUGUGGUUUACUGUGUUCUUCAGGGUGAGACCUUUGAAACUAACUCUAAAUGUGCUCCUUGCGUUCAUUAGCCUUCUUCGGGGAUGCUGCUGUUGCUCUUGGUCUGGCAGCGUUUCCAAAACAUGAGGUGUUGGGCCUCUUGAGGUGGAAGAUGCUAGAGGAAUACAGAAAAUCAUCCCCCUUUCUGUCCUUAUAAUCUGGUUUUGCCCUGUACCAGGUCAUGUUGGUUUGGGGAAAGAGAGUGGAAGAAUCUCUCCCAGGAGGGUUUCUGUAGCCAUUUGUCAGAAUACAUGUCACAGGAGACGUGAAUAAAACCAGAGGUAUUAGUGCAUGCUUUUACCACGUCAUUUUAGCAAGACAUUUUCUCCAGUAAAUGUGACAGUCUAAAUCAGGGCUUUCAGAGAGGCUGAAGGAAUUUGGCCUUGAGUCCCAGAGGAGUUCAGUGCUGGGAAAUGUUUGGGAGGCUGGUACUGUUCAGUUCUCUUGAAAAUCUUGGGCCUCAUUGCCAGGGAGAGGAGCAGCAGAAAAUUAUUUCCUUCUCCUUCAGGGAUCCUCAAUGCAUUUGCUUACCGUUAUCUAAGGAGCCUUUACUAGAAGCUUUUGGAUUGUGUUUCUGAGCGGACAAAAGAUCUUGUGUUCAAAAUGCUCAUAAAGGAAUAUCGUAUUCCUCUUCCGAUGAGCGUGGAGGAGUAUCGCAUUGCCCAGCUGUACAUGAUACAGAAAAAGAGCAGAGAGGAGACAUGCGGGGAAGGCAGCGGCGUGGAGAUCCUGGAGAACAGGCCCUACCUGGACGGCCCCGGAGGCAACGGGCAGUAUACCCACAAAGUGUACCACAUCGGUAUGCACAUCCCCAGCUGGUUUCGGUCCAUAUUGCCCAAGGCAGCGCUGCGCGUCGAGGAGGAAUCGUGGAACGCGUAUCCUUACACGAGGACGAGAUAUACGUGUCCCUUUGUGGAGAAGUUCUCUAUUGAUAUUGAGACAUAUUACAAAACUGACCCAGGAGAGCAUGCCAACGUGUUCAACCUUUCUCCUGCGGAGAAAAGACAGACCAUUCUCGAUCCUAUUGAUAUUGUUAAAGAUCCUAUCCCUCCACAUGAAUACAAAGCUGAGGAGGAUCCAAAGCUAUAUAAAUCAGUGAAGACUAAAAGAGGCCCCCUCUCCGAAGACUGGAUUGAAGAAUACAGGAACAACCCUGGGAAAUACCCAAUCAUGUGUGCAUAUAAACUUUGUAAAGUCGAGUUCAGAUACUGGGGGAUGCAGUCCAAAAUCGAGCGGUUUAUCCAUGAUGUUGGCUUGCGGAAGGUCAUGGUCCGUGCCCAUCGGCAGGCCUGGUGCUGGCAGGAUGAGUGGUAUGGGCUCACCAUUGAGGAUAUCCGGCAGCUGGAGAAGGAGGCGCAGUUGAUGCUGGCUCAGAAGAUGGCCCAGUUCUGCAGUGAAAAUGAUACCGAGCCGCAUGGAGCCAAAGACUCCCCUGGCGAGAAGCACGUUGAAGCUGACACUGUUUCGCCUGUUGACGCAGAGGAUGUAGCUAGUAACAGUGAAACAGCAUCUGGGAGGUCACUCACCAAGCAGUGGUCUACCUCUUCCAAGUCCUCACGAUCUUCAAAAAGAGGAGCAAGUCCCUCACGCCAUAGCAUCUCUGAGUGGAGGAUGCAGAGCAUUGCCAGAGACUCGGAUGACAGCUCAGACGAUGAAUUCUUCGAUGCACAUGAGGACUUGUCUGACAAUGAGGAAAUGUUCCCGAAAGAAAUAACCAAAUGGAAUUCCAAUGAUCUGAUGGAUAAAAUUGAAACCCCUGAAUGCGAUGAUGUCCAGGGCGACUUGUAUCAUGAGACGUCGGCAGAGUACCACGUUGCCUCCAGCGUGGAGCGGCUCAGCAUCAUUGAGGAUGAAUCAGUGCAGCCACUAAUGCAGCCAAGUAAAAUCCACGUCCUCCUCUUGGUCCUCCAUGGAGGCAACAUCCUGGACUCAGGAAGUGGUGAUCAGAGCUCUAAACAAGGGGAUGUCAACACCAUCACAACAGUGUUUGACACAGUGAUGAGGGUACAUUACCCAGCUGCUCUUGGGCACAUUGCCAUCAAGCUAGUCCCUUGCCCAGCCAUCUGCUCUGAAGCCUUUUCACUGGUGUCCAGCCUCAGCCCGUACAGUUAUGACGAAGGCUGCCUGUCCAACAGCCAGGACCACAUCCCGCUCGCCGCGCUGCCUCUGCUCGCAACGUCGUCCCCGCAGUACCAGGAAGCGGUGGCCGCAGUGAUCGUCAGAGCCAACCAGGCCUACAGCGAGUUCAUCCGAUCCCAGGAGGGCACGUCAUUCAACGGCCAGGUUUGCUUGGUAGGGGACUGUGUUGGAGGCAUUCUGGGAUUUGAUGCCUUAUGCUACAGCAAUCAAACUGUGUCCGAGAGCCAGAACAGCAGCCGGCGAGGAAGCGUUGUGAGCGUUCAGGAUACCGAUCUCCUGUCUCCCGGAAUAACAGUGAACAAUAGCUAUUGUUCCAGCAGCUCCAAUCUGGAAGGCAGCAGACACCUCAGCAGGAGCAACAUUGAUAUUCCUCGUAGCAACGGAGAAGAUCCAAAGAAGCAGCUGCCACGCAAAAGGAGUGAUUCAUCAACCUAUGAACUGGACACAAUAAAGCAGCAUCAGGCCUUUCUUUCAAGUUUACAUUCUAGUGUGCUGAGAAAUGACCCGGGAUCCAGGCGAUCUAGUAGCUCCACGAUGUUGGAUGGAGGAAAUAUUGGAAAGUUUGAGUUUGAGAUCACGGACUUCUUCCUCUUUGGUUCUCCCCUGGGGCUGGUUCUUGCGCUGCGAAAAACUGUCAUCCCAGCUCUUGACAUCUUUCAGCUGAGGCCAGCUUGUCAGCAAGUCUAUAACCUGUUCCACCCUGCAGACCCGUCUGCUUCCCGCCUCGAGCCCCUGUUGGAGAGGAAGUUCUACCUUUUGCCCCCCUUUAACGUUCCCCGCUAUCAGAGGUUCCCGCUGGGUGACGGCAAUUCUGCUGUUCUGGUUGAGACAAUCCAGAACAAUCCCAUCCUGCUCAUGGAAAGCAGCCCUUUGGGUGCUCUCCAGCACCAGGACAGCUUCAUGGAAACAAGUAUCCCUGUUCCCGUUCUGAAUUGGCAAGAUGUUUCCAAUAAAAGUGCUGGUUUUGCUGAGUCAGAUGUUGUUCAGUCUCAUGGUGCCGUCUUCAUGGAAAGCGCGUCCCUGUCCACCCCCCUGUCCGCCCCUCAGUUCAGGGGCUUCCGGCGAGCCAGUGAGAUCAGCAUUGCCAGCCAGGUCUCGGGAAUGGCAGACAGUUACACUGCUUCCAACAUAGCCAACAAAACCAAAUACCACCUUAAUCAUUGCAGAGGGUUUAGCCUUCUGGCCCAACUUGCCCUCCCUCACAAAUCCCCUACCCAGACCUCGUCCAAGAGACGUAGGCAGCUUAAGCAUGAAAUCCCUCUGAGUCUCUUAGGAAGAAAGCUCGAAGGGCCGUCGAGCCAGGAUCCAGGCUGUGCUCUUCGGAUACCCGACCUGGACGUCGCGAAAGUUGCUGCCAAGUGGUGGGGAACCAAAAGGAUCGACUACGCCCUUUACUGCCCCGACGCGCUGACGGCCUUCCCGACGGUCGCCCUGCCGCACCUCUUCCACGCGAGCUACUGGGAGUCCACGGACGUCGUCUCCUUCCUGCUGAGACAGGUGAUGAGGCACGAGAACAACAGCGUUCUGGAGCUGGACGGGAAGGAGGUGUCUGUCUUCACCCCCUCCAAGCCCCGGGAGAAGUGGCUCCGCAAGAGGACGCACGUGAAGCUGCGGAACGUUACAGCCAACCACAGGAUAAACGACACCAUCGCUAAUGAAGACGGGCCCCAGACCUUAACUGGAAGGUUUAUGUACGGUCCAUUAGAUAUGGUCACACUCACAGGGGAAAAGGUGGACAUUCACAUCAUGACCCAGCCGCCAUCUGGGGAGUGGGUUUACUUUGACACUGAGAUCAGCAACAGCAGUGGCAGGAUUUCUUACGUCAUUCCUGAGAGCAGGCGGUUGGGCAUAGGCGUGUACCCCGUCAAGAUGGUGGUCAGGGGUGACCACACGUAUGCAGACAGCUACAUCACGGUUCUGCCAAAGGGGACGGAGUUCGUGGUGUUCAGCAUCGAUGGCUCCUUUGCAGCCAGCGUGUCCAUCAUGGGCAGCGACCCCAAAGUCCGCGCCGGAGCGGUCGACGUUGUAAGGCACUGGCAAGACCUUGGCUACCUCAUUAUCUACGUCACGGGCCGCCCUGACAUGCAGAAGCAGAGGGUGGUAGCGUGGUUAGCACAGCACAACUUCCCCCACGGGAUCGUCUCGUUCUGCGACGGGCUUGUUCACGACCCGCUGCGGCACAAGGCCAACUUCCUGAAAUCCCUCAUCACGGACCUCCACAUGAAGAUCCACGCGGCAUACGGCUCGACUAAGGACAUCUCUGUGUACAGCUCCAUCAGCCUCCCGCCCACGCACAUCUACAUCGUUGGCCGACCCACCAAGAAGCUGCAGAGCCAGUGUCAGUUCAUCACGGAGGGCUACGCGGCCCACCUGGCGCAGCUGGAGUACAACCACCGCUCCCGCCCCGCCAAGAACACCACGCGCAUGGCGCUGCGCAAGGGCAGCUUCGGGCUGCCCAGCCAGACCGAGUUCCUGCGCAAGAGGAACCACCUGCUGCGGACCAUCUCCUCGCAGCCGGCGGGCGCCGGCGCCGGCCACCGCCCCGAGCGCACCCAGAGCCAGUCCGACAGCGACAAGGAGAGGGACAGGGAGCGCAGCCAAAGGAGCAUGAGCAUCGCCACGGGGUGCUGGGGCCGGAGCGCAGCGUCCCGGCUGGAGUCUGGCUUCUUGGGGCAGAAAUAGCCGGGCCAGAUCCGGCGACUAUCGGCUGUAGCAACCGGAGGAGAAAACAAAAGGAAAGAGGGACAAGGCCGGCGUUACAGGCUGGAAGGGUAAAUAUGGUGCUACUCUAAUAACAUCGUGGUGUUCCCGAGGAGAUGGGGUGUUUCCCACGCGGAACGUGCAGGCCUUGCGGUGGGAGCGUCGCGCGUGUGCGGCAGGAGCCCGAGGAACAGCUGGAACUGGCGGGGGGGGAAGUCUCCCGGUCACGAUCGCGCGCUCUCCUGCCUCCUUCUCUUAUCCAGGUUUAGUGACUGUAAAUACGUGCCUCCUCGCCUUGUCAGCCAUCGCGCCGAUACGCGUGACCGAGCGCUGUCCUCAGAGCCACAGGAGCAGGGGCUGAGGCUGGGGGAGCUUGUUCUGGGUGGUCCCAGGUGUCAGGCCGAGGUGCUGUGCCGGCGCCGGCGCGGGCUGGGUUUGGGAUUCGAUAAGCAUGCGGCGUCGCAGCACGGACAGCCCCGAGCGAGGGAUCUGUCGCGGGCUGCGCCGGGCAGAGCAACCAAGAGCUUUACUGUACAAAGAGCUUCAAGUUCAGCCACUUUCUCGAGGAGUAUGUGCAGUGGCAAAGCAUAAAGAUACAUCGAUGCUGUUGGUAGGAGCAGGAUGUCAGCAGACUGACGCCCAAGAAAGUGGGGUCGUUAUUACUGUUAUUUUUUUUUUAAGAGACGUUUUAGAAGCCGAUGGAAUUUAAUGCAUUCACCUAUUAAAAGAAGAAUACAAGCAAUUUUGUUUGAGCUGUUACAAGCCUCAGACACUUAAUUUACUGUCUGUUAAAGUCUCCAAAUAUUAUUGCUAUAUAUUAUUUCCAGAAGUAACCACCAUAUAUUUGUAAGCAGCUGAAGGCAUUCAGCAGCUAGAUUGCAUUACAGUUCUCAUCCAAAUGCAGGGUCUGACUCUCUCCACACCCACCUCUGAAAUGUUUUCUUCUUCCUAGAUUAUCUCCAAGUUCAGUAGCAGCUUUCAUGGGAAUUAGACUUGCUGCUUCUACCUGUAGUAGUUACUGAACUGUAAAACCUCAUUGUUUUUUGCACUGAUAAUUUUUAGAAUGGAAACCUGUUACCAUCUCAUGUAGCUACACCUAAUGUUUGUAGUGCAUGACAAUGAAAUACUGCUAAGACAGGGUGUGUAUAUGUGUGUGCAUGUAUGUAUAUGUAUUUGUAUAUAUUUAUAUAUACAUACACACACACUCACACACACACACACAUUAUAUAUAUAUAUAUAAAUUUUCUGUGCAGAAGUUUUUCCAGCAGUAAGGAAACUGUAAGGAAGUGUGCCAGCAAAGUCGGGCAAGCUUAAGAAAAGGCCGUAUCUCAGUUUUCUUGAUGCGUCUGCAGCGGCUGUGCCCGAGGUGGCGGCCGGCGUGCCCAGGUGAGGCCGGCGCGCGGUGCGGGAGCGGGAGCCGAGAGCCCCUCGGCCCCGGCGAAGGGCCCGCUCGCCCUCCGGCACGCGCCUCCCGGGGCGUGGGGCGGCCGCCCCGGCGGUCCGGGGGGGCCCUUUACAGGCUCCAGGCGGCCUCUUCGCGCGACGAUUUUAUAGUCCUACCGAGCUCCCUGACUUAGUGCUUUCCUCCACCACGGUGUAUCCUGUCUUUGUAUCACUUUCUACUUACGAGGAUCUUAUUUAUAACAAAGAUUUUUUUAGACUGGCUGCUUCAUUUUAUUAACCGUUUGGAUACGAAGUGCAGGACGGCCGCACUGAGACACGCAGCACUGUGAACACCGCUCUGCUCACCGGCCCCGGGCCGCAGCGGGCAAAUUACACUCAUCAGACAUCGCGGCAGGUUUCGCGCGUCCGUCGCGCUCGAGGGCGCGAGCGGACGCGGGCCGUUCGAGCCCGGCCGCCCCCGGCACGCGCGCUGCGGCUCCCAGGGCUAGCAGCCCGACUGCAAACGCUCAGCCACUUCUCUUCGGUAAUUACUCAAUUACAGAAUGUACCUGAGGAUUUUCGUUACUGCAGACUGACUUCCCUUUCUGCCAGCUCAGCUUAGCUCUCUUUGAACGUACAGCCAGAGCUUCCUGGGUUUAAAAACAACGCGACUUGUCCCAGCUUUCUGCUAUCCGAACGCUGUAUCGAGCAGUUGCCAUCUGAGUAGGAAGCCAAGCCACAGUCCACCCCGUGAUCACCAAGUAAUUUCUGCAAAUUUGGACAGGGCCUUUGCAAAAUUCAACUUUCCUCUGAAAGAAGAGUCCACAAGCAAGGCGUGAUCUGUGUGUUUUCCAGUGCUGAUGAGAGGGAUGUUCACAUUUUCUUAUGUGUAGAUAGUGUAAAACAGGCGAAUGUAAAUGUUCAACAUAAAAAGUGGAUAUAUAAAAUUGAAAGUUAUUUAUUUAUGUAGAGGAAAAAGUGUCUGGAGGGACUGGAACCUUCAGGGUUUAUUAGUAUUUAAAAAUGUAGCUUUUUUGUUUCAGGCAUUAUGUACAAAGCAAUUAUUUUAUGGACCAAGUUUAAUGUAACUGUCAAUGAAUGCAGAAGUGCAAUAUUACUCUCACCUCUCCAUCACGCCAUGUUUCAGCAGAUACUAACCAGUCAGCCUGACAAUCAUAGCACCUCCGUCUCCAUCCUCUGUUGAGCUCCUUGAAGCCUCCCCCGGUCCCUCCGUUGCCCCUUGUCUGUUGCCACUGUACGGAUCCGACACGGAGGAGCAAUUGUAGAGCACGACCUUUAUUGCUGCAAUAACCCCGGACGACGUCGGCGUAAUCACCAGGAAAAACGCCCGUGAGUUUUCUCCACCUAUUUGGUCCAUCACAGUCUACAUCAGUCUAUCUUCAGCCACCCGCACCUGACACUCACCUAUCUGAAGCAAAGAUCGACGUACUUCUCACUCAAAGAACUAUAGCAAUAGUUUAACUCCUUGUGUUUAUGACCUGUUUGUUCUGACGGGUUUGGGAGAGCGAUGCAUGCGAGCCGAUGCCUUUCCGAGCGUGCGCGAGGGGAUUCGUUCGGACACGGUGAGGGCAAGAUGAAUGUACACUCCAUCCUUGCUAAAGGGGCACUGUCAGUUUAAACACCUAAUUUAUCUUUGUUACAAAUAACUUGUUUGCUUUGAACUGAAAGACUAUUAAAAGUUUCUUGUACUGCU